AUGUUUGCUGAUGCUGAUGCUGCUGUUGCUCCUGAUUAUCAUAAUAAAAAUAGCACCUAUUUAAAUCAUUCAAUUAAUAAUCAAACAAGUAUUACAAAUUCUAAUGAACGUAGUAGUCUACCAUAUAUUAUUGGUGUGAUUGUUGCCUUUUUAGUGGUAUUAGUCGGUAUUGUUUUAAUUGUUAAUCGUGAAGUAUGUAAUCGACAUAGAGUUUAUCAUCAGCGUACAUCAUUACUGGCCAGUGUAAUCGGUAUCAAUGGAACUAAUCCUGGAGGUAUCGGUGGGAAUGGUCUAUUUUUAAAUACAAUCAAUGGUGCAUUACCCAGCUCUUCAUUUCUUCAUGGAUCAUGUUCAGUUGCUAAAGGUAACGAUCAUUGUACCGGUGGUUCGUGUAUUGAAUUGCGUACAGCUUUUCAUCCAUCCUAUGAUGAUUUCUAUCCGGAAUAUCUUAAUAAAUCUGUCACAUCUUUAAAUGCAAUCACAUUCUCCAACGGUACUACUACUACUACUACUACUAAUAAUAAUAAUCAUCAUAAAGAAUCAGAUCGAAUAAUGAAUCAAUACAAUGUAGAGAAUUCCUUUACUCCAUUGGAGCAUAAUGAUACAAUCCUGUCACCAUCUCAUAUGAUUUCCUACUAUGAAAAUCCUAGUGAUAAUAGUAGGAGUAGUAAUGAUAAUAAUAAUAAUAAUAACCAAAGCAUAAAACAAAAGUAUAUUAGUAAACGAUAUUCCCUACCGAAUUAUGCUUAUUUUAAAAAAUAUCUAUCUAGUCAUAUUAAUCCAACUGGUCGAAUGGUUAGUUACUUGUCUGGUUUAUUCAAUACUUGUUUUGUAUUAUUGUCUGAAUUUAUUGUUAAAGUAUUUCUAAAUUAA